AAAUUUUAGGUCCCAAACGCAAUUACUGAGAUUUCAUUUGCCCCCUCUCUCUUGAACUAAAUCGAGCUCUCUCUCUCUCCGCAGUCUGCACCUCAACCCUCGACAAUGGCGGCAAUCGGGAGAAGGAAUGGAUUAAAAAUGGCCACGCACCUCAUGAAAACCCUCACCGGAUCUUCGAGAAGCCUCAGCGGCAUCGUUAGUAGCGAAGUUGCCACCUCUCAUACCCAAAAAUGGAUGCAGGAUACGAGUAAAAAGUCUCCAAUGGAGUUGAUCAAUGAAGUUCCACCAAUCAAAGUAGAAGACAGGAUUGCUGUUUGUGAAGGAGAUAGUAACCCGGCACUGGGUCAUCCGGUUGAGUUCAUAUGCCUUGACAAGGACGAGCCAGCUGUGUGCAAGUAUUGUGGUCUGCGAUACGUGCAAGACCAUCAUCACUAGACGACCUGGUUUGUGUGCAAGUAUUGUGGUCUGCGAUACGUGCACGACCAUCAUCACUAGACGACCUGUCUCAUGUUGUGUUGUUUUAUGGCCCUUCCUCCUGGAUGUUAUAAGCUGUAAUAUUCAGAUAACAUGGUGUUUGACAUGGUUAUUCUCUCUCCUUAAAAUAAGGAUUGCCCAUGUUUGGGGCAUUGGCACCCUCUUUUACUCAGAAUGAUCUAACAUCUUCUGAUCAUCCACAACUAUUUUUGCACAUGAAGAUUGUUCACACCUCAUUCCUUUGUUUGAAAGAUAACUGUAUCACCAAAAAUCAUUCUAUUAUUGAUUUACCUUCCAAGUGAA